AUGUUUACUCAAUUAGAAGAUCUUCCAAAUGAAUUAUUAAUCGAUACUUUCGGAUAUUUCGAUAUUCGAGAAUUGUUUUAUAGUUUUUGGAAACUUAAUAAACGAUUUAAACAACUUAUACGAUCACUUCAAAAUCUUUCUCUUACUCUUGAGAAAGAUGAACCAAAAUUGAUUUCAUUAUUUGCUUGCCAAAUUCGUCAAUUAGUUGUCAAUACUCGACAAGAUAUUAAUUUCAAUCAAUUUCCUCGUUUAUAUUCACUUGUUUUGCAUCAAAUGACUCCAAAUCAAUGGAAACAACUUGGAUCAGCAUUUCUACCUCAUCUAACUUAUCUUUCAACAUCAUGCAUAACUGAAUAUUCAUACGAAGGUCUAUUACUUCAUAUUCGUAUAUUAUUUUCCAAUCAACUGCCAACACUUCGUCAUCUAAAUCUAGGUUUCAUUCAUGCACCAGUUUUUCGAUGGACUGAAUCAUCUUCUCUUUAUUCUAUAUCUGUCCGUUCUAAUGAUCCAACUGUCGUACCUUAUAUUCUCACUUCAUGUCAUAAUCUGUAUUAUCUUGACGUUAGUUUCUUACCGGAUACAGUCGAAAAUUGUAAAAAUCAAUCAGUAAUUACAAAUCAUCCUCUGAAACAAUUUAUUCUCUCAGAUUCUUAUCAUAAAUUAUCAUUUGAAAUUGUUGAUAUUUUUCUUUCAUCUAUUCCAAAUGUUAAACGAAUUAAAUUAAGUUUUCAAUGUAAUGUUCCAUUUAUUGAUUUUGUUCAAUGUCUUUCAAAUCGAUUACGUUAUUUACGUCGAUUUGAUUGUGAAAUUGAUGAUAUAUCAGAUGAUGAAACGACGACUAUUGAAAUAAUACGACAAAUUCAUCCAUGUUUUAAUCGUAUUCAAUUAGAUAGAGGUUUGCAUGGAUUUCGAACAUUUCGAACGUACUAA